GAUAAUGAUGACGGUGAUGAUGAUGGUGGUGGUGGUGGUAAUAACGAUGAUGAUAACGAUGAAGAUGAAGAAGAUGAAAAUGCACGCCAUGUACGACCCAGGGACUUCUUUCUCUAUGAAAAUAUACAUUUCAUCUUUAUACUAAAAUAUAUUUGAUCAAGCACUUACGUGAUGUCCAUGACUUUGACGUGUAGCCACCGAAGAUGUAUUCCUCACUUUGUAUCACUAUAAGGGUAGGCCCUUUGUUGUCACAGCAACGGUGAAAGUCCGCACCAGAAGGCAACCAUGACAUGACAGUGGAGGCUUGACUGUUUUCCGUUAUUAUUUUGGAUCGUUUGGUUAAGCUUUCUGUUAGUUGAGAGAUUAUCCCUUGAACUUGAUAAAAACUGGCCUCAUUAAGCAGCUCAUUCCUGAGCAUUUUAUCGUCUGGACAAAGAAGUUCACCAUGACGAAGGUAAUUCAAUAUGUAUCUAAGUGUAUAAAGUUUUUCAAGGAAAGUUAGUCCCAAGUAAGUCAUCAGAAUUAGAUAGACGAACUAUACAAAAAAAAUUCAGUGAAAUGACGUAAUUACAAUCAUUUUUCAGUUCACGCCUGUAAAAUGACUUUUAAAUUACGUCCAACUUCACGUGACACGGACCUAAUGCUAAUGCACCCCGGGCUAACCUUAACACUAACCUACCCCGGGCGGCACAUGGUUGCCUUUGACUUACGUUUUGCCGUUGCUAGUAAAAGCCAUUUUGAAACUGGACUUUUUAAAAGGGGAGAAUCUGGUAGUGCCAGGCCCCCACGCGGUAUGAAAUUAGGCGGCAUACGCCUGAACCCACCUCAAUGUUCUUGUCACAGGGGUUAUACGAAUGUACUCUUACCAGGGAGGCGGACCCCAAAAAUUAAGAGACGCGGGGGGGGGUGUACACUAGUCAGCUAUGUAGAUACGUUCUAAUGAGAAUUCUUCAAAAAGCUGUUACACAAUUUCAGAGAAAGGGAGGGGCACGGAAGUGAUUUCCCUCGCUAUCCACCCAUGCUUACCUGAAAAGUUUUCCAUCGCGGUCAAUAAAAUAUGCUCCAUCUUCGCCGUCUGGUUUCAGCUCGUGUCUUCCUGAAAACAUAGCACACAGCAUAGAGUCUGGAUCUUUCCUCAGAGUUUCCAGUGUGGUUUUAUAGAUCUUUCCACCGACGUUCAACUUAACCGAACUUCCAAAAUGGACUUCAUCAAGGGUUUUCGACAACUUUUCGAAGGCUGUCUUUUCUUCUUUAAGGUUAUCGAGAUCCUGCUUAAGCAGCUCACGAGCUUCGUUCAUAAGCUUGUGUGCUUCGGCUACCUUAGCGCAUGCUAAGUCAAAUAAGCCAAGUUGCAGUUCCUCUUUGGCAGCCAUAUUCGCUCGGCACUUCUGCCGUGAAAGUGGAAGCCGGAAGUGAAAAUGAGACUACGUUCCUCUCGUCAGCGGCCUCGAUUGUCGUCAUGUAACAAAAAGCUUGCUGCUUUGUUUCUCUCACCGAGCGUGGCUUACUAGUAAUACAAAAGAUUGAAAAGACGAAGGUGGCAUUGAACAAUACUCACACCAGAAGACACAAACAACACAACAAACAACGCAACAUCUGUUUUAGCCUUCCCCUGCAGACGUUCUUUUGGCUCGUCACGCAAUCCCCCCGCUGAAACGAGUGGAUAAAAACGUAGACCAAUCACAGCACGCUUCCGGCUUUGGAGCUAAUGAGAAAUUUCGCGCGAUUAGAAAAGAUCUCCAGGUGAAGCCCCACACUUUUAGAGCAAACCCACAAGCCUUCGUACUCCUUUCUUGGGGCAGAAACGCGUGACGAACCCCUAAGAACGUCUGCGUGGGAGGCUACAAUUAUUUUCGCAACACCAAGAAACAACUCUCUCGCAGUGAGAAAGGCCGUGGCAGGGUUGCAGAGCAGCUUAACCGAAAUCGUUGCUGUCGCUGGGGCACAAUCAUUAAACCAUGAGACCAGACGAGAAGCACAGUUACCGUACUUCCUCUUACUCUGUAUUUGCUCAGUUUUCAUCACGCGCGGGUGUUUGAUGAGUCUUUGAAGUGUAAACUGGAAUCGAAAUUGGAACGUUCCUUGAUUAAUUCCCACCUUGUUAAGAAGCUCACCGCUAAGAGUUUUGUUGUCGGGGCAACGAAGCUCACCAUAACGAGGUUAGUUCAAUAUGUACGUACCUAAGAGUAUAUUUAGCAAUUAAUGAAUGAGGCUGAGUAGGAUAUGAAGAAUUAAGCAGAUCUCGGAGGGUGUUAUCCACCUCGGCCUUGGGCCUCGAUCUGCUUAAUUCUUCAUAUCCUACUCAGCCUCAUUCAUUAAUUGCUAAAUAUACUCUUAGGUACGUACAUAUUGAACUAAUUGCUUUAUUAUUCAUUUAAAAUAUUUCCUAGUUUAUAAACAUAGCUAACACAUGCUUACCCACAUCGACGUUAAGUUCAUCUUCUAUAGUGUACGUUUAGGUUGUCUAGCUCCGCAAAUAUUCUCGAGAUAGCAGAUGUCGCCCUCCGAGUUGUCUUCUUGCUGUUUUUGCCAUGUUUUUAGCUAUUUUUUCCCCUAGUUCCAGCUGUAAGUUCUUACUCUUGAAACGAGUGAAAUGUCCGCCAUUUUUUUUUCACAACCAAAACAACUCAACCUCGUCCCCAGGUCUUCUCGGUAACAGUGCCUUAACCUGUACCGCGCUGUAUUUGUGACGUCAUUUCCUCGUUAAACACAAAAUUCUUCCAAAUUCGGUCAUCAGUAACUGGUUAUGGUGGAUUAUACGUGUGCUUUUAGCCAAUCAGAAUUGGGGAAAUAUUUUGAAUGAAUAAUAAUAUAAGUUAAAGAACUAAAAUCUAACAUGGAAUGGCCGUGGAAACUAUGACAUCAUUUAAAAUUUCGUUUUUUUUGUUGUUAAAAAAUGUGAAAUUAAAUAAUCAGCGCUUUCUAGAUAGGUGUUUUCUUCUGACCGUGGAGAAUGUGUAUCAUUUCCCUAUCUACGCAUGAACAAGGAUGAAGAUUCCUCUUGCAUGCUCCUGUCGGUACGACGGACAUGCACCUACAAAAUACCGGAAGAGGUUACCAUCGCGGCCAAUGAAAUAUGCCCCAUGGUUUCUAUGAAUGGUGUCUUCCUGAAAACAUCAUACAGAGCAUAGAGUCCGGGUCCUUCCUGAGGGUUUCCAGCGUAGUUUUACAUAUCUUUCCACCGACGUUCAACUUAACCGUGCUUCCGAAGUGGACUUCAUCUAAGGUUUUCGUCAACUUUUCAAAGGUCGACUUUUCUUCUUUAAGAUUAUCGAGACCCUGCUUAACCAGCUCAGGUGCUUCAUUCAUAAGCUGGAGUGCCUCAGCUACUUUAGCGCAUGCCAAGUCAAAUUAGCCCAUUUGCAGUCCCUGUUUGGCAGCCACAUUCGCUCAGCACUUCCGUAAUAUAUAGAUUUAGCCAGGGCUAAAAGCGAGGCUCCCAUUAGUAAAUUUAUAAUUUAAAUUAAACAAUAAACUUGUAUUCGAAUUCCACAAUUCAGUUAACUUUAGAGCACAUUUAUGUGACUUUUGAGGGAAAGGCUACCUGAUUUUAGAGAAAAAUGAUUUGCAAACAGCCCAAGAGUGAACCAAAUCUUACAUCGAGUUGAUAGCCUCAUGAUCAUAUGUACACUCAAAAACUGGUAAUCAUCUUUUAUCACAUUUAAGAGCCGUAAUGGCUAUUGAUCACCGUAGAUCAAUUAGGCUUAGAAAAAAAACCAGGCCAACGUUUUGGCGUUCGACAAGUUUACUUUGCAAAAUCUUGCCAACAAAUCUGGGUGCGUGUAAACCAACCUUUUAUACCAUGGACAGAAAGCAGUAUUUCACAAUACAAAUUGCUCUCAUUCAAUAUUCAUAAACUGUUAAAAAAUUUUUCCAAAAUCACCUAUACGGCCAUCCGGUUCUCACUUUUGUAGUGCGAGCUGUAGCGAGUGUUUGAAUGAACAUUAACAGAGUUACGCUCCAAGAUAAUAAAGAAUUUAUCAUGUUUAUUUUUUAUUUGAUGGUUUAACGCGCGGCAUUUUGAGAACUCCUGCAAGCGAUGUUCACUGAACGACUGAAAACAAUCGGCAUAGCGAUUAAAAUUGCAAGAGAGACUACUAACAAUCAAUAAAAGAAAUAUAAUUCGGUGAAACAUAAACAGAGACAACAAUUUUCAUUCAGGAAGACAAGUAUUAAAGUGUCCCUAAAUAUCCUGAAUCUUCAAGCUUCAAGCUUAAGUUUGCUGAAGUUUAUGUUUUAAGCCAGCUUCCCGGUGUUUGUUUUUUGAAAGACGAACUCGAGGCAAGAAAAUCGCUCAAAGCUUUCUUUUCCGGCUAGAAUUAUAACUAAAGAUUCUUUGGAACAUUUUCUUUCUAUUUGCGGUGAGAAACUGUCUAAAGGCUUUUUAAAGUUCUGUAAGAUUAUAUCAAACCAGAUACUCGGUGAGAUCGUUGUCUCAAAUCUUACAAACGCGCAUAAAAUAAAUUCCCGCAUAAACUACGCUCCACUUCAUUAAAUUAGAUACAAAAAACAAACAUGAAAUACAAUAAUUUCUCUGGCUUACCAUUCGAGAUGCAGCUCCUGAAAGUUAUCAGGUAAAGCCAGUAUCGCUUCAGACUUUGCAAUCCUCUUACGCAUCAAGCAAGGUGAAAACGAAAACGAUGCCAUCCGAAAUCGGAUUUCCGACUUUGACAAGCGACGUUUUCUCAACCAAAAACCCAAUAAACAAACUAGCCAUGAGUAACAGAAGACUCCUGAUAGCAGCUGAAUUUCAUUUUGUACAUCCAGUGGAAAAAAGACAGUUAAAAACAUCACAAGUUGACACAAAACUCUGUCAGCUUCAGCUGUUAAAGUAAACAAGAUUCAAGAUGCUGCAUAAAUUUUGCGCAUGAACUCACCUGUCAAAUUUUGACCAAUCAGAGCAUAAAAAUUGGACGUAGAGCGUGACCAACGCGUGACCAUUGUGAGAAAAAACAAAAGCAACUGUCUUCCCUGCCUGUAACAGCUGGCUGAAUUUUCACGUCCGAGGUCAGUUUGCAAUCAAAAUUUUAAUUGUGCAGCACAUAAACACAACAUAUUUCAUAUGAAUUAAGAAAAAAAAUUGAACUUGAGCCUGCGAUCACUUGAAAAUUAGUUUACUUGUCAGCGGAUAACUUCAAAAAAUACUUGACCUCGACGGGUCGACACCUGAGCCCGCCAUACGGUCAAGUGAUACUGGUCAGCGGGUACUCUGUUUUGACAGGUGUCAAUUGAUCAAAACAUUGAUGUCCAAUAUGUGUGCAUUAUCAGUUUUCCUGUGCUCCCAAACUAGUAAAAGUAUGAGAUUGAACGUUGUUCGCGAUCUAGUAAAACAGUUAACUGGUCAGCGGACAGCUUCCAAAUAAAUCACGUCACCUCGAUGAGUUGACACAUGAGCCCGCGAUAUGGUCAUGGGAUACUGGUCAGUGGCUAUCCUGUUUGGACAGCUGUCAAUUGACCAUAUUGUUAAUGUCCUAUAUUAAAGAUGUGGACUUGCCAAGACACGCCUGAGACACCCCUCCCUUCCUUUUGAUAGUCUCCCCUACCCCACCCAUACAAUCUGUAGACGCGUACGUACGUACGUAUGUACGUACGUACGUACGUACGUACGCUCGGUCAAUCACGUGACAACCAAACGAAAAGAGGUUGACCAUAUUCCAUGGGUAUGGGGCUCUGUCCCACGCGCGCUUCGCGCGCGUGGGAGCCCCGCUAAAAAAAUGAGACUACAUUCCUCACCGUCACUGGACACGAUUUACGUCGAAAAACGAAGUGUAAGGCUAGUGCGGAGAUCAAUCGUCUUAAACUGAUUUAUUGCCCGCCACCAAUGACAGCUUAAGGCGUAAUGCUUUUUUUAAAAUUUAUUUACAUUAAUAAAUUAAUUAAUCAACUACUGAAAAGUUUUGAAAAGCUGAAAGCUUUUUAUCCAAACAGUCAGUUCCAGCAUUCGCAACUUUCAUCGUGUCAUCGUGUUGAACAAGCUACAAUGGAUGAUAUUCUUACUGCAUACAUAAUUGGCCAGUGUAGCGGGAAAUAAGUAAGCUUCCGCGCUAGUGGCAUGAUGCAUUGCUACCCUUACUUAGAAUUGUUUAGAUUUUGCCCAGGUCAAAGGAUUUUAGUGGAUGCAAAAGUGGACUUAAAAGUUUCGCCCCUCCCACCUCCGGUGGUUGCGGUUGACGUCGCAUACCCUUAUUAUUCGGCAUUCCUAUUUUCCUGGCAGUCGCGGUUUCCUCCCAUUGUCGGGGCAAUGGGUAUGCAUUGCGAAUAAAUAUUAUGCCAGUCAUACACCAUACUUUAUAAAUUAGACUGAUACUUGUAAUUAGAAACUGAUUCUGUUCGACCAGCUCAGUGUAAAGAGAAGGGUGCUAUGACUAGAAAGAAAAGGCUUCUCAGUGUAUUGUUAAAUUAUUUCCAUCAGCACCUCCAAAAGUGUUUCAUCGUGAAGAUGUGCCUACUAAACUCUUUGCCAACUUGUUAGCUUACUCCUUGGCUUCGCCUGUGAACAGACGUCUCCCUUCCCUCAGGAAAUAAUCGGGAGAAGAGACGUCUGUACACAGGGAGGGGAGACAUCUGUACACAGACAACUUUUAGAUAAGUUAAUAAAUAGUCCUCCUAGAGGUGGCGCAGUAUCUUUAGUAGAUUGAGCAUCAGGAUGUUUGCUAUGAAGUACCCUUCUGGUAGGAUUCUAUAAGUUGAUUGGUUAACUAGAAGAAACAAAAGAAGAACGAAAUUUUAAUGAUUAUAAUGAUCAUAAUGUUCUCGUCUUUCGUCAUUAUUUUGGUCUCCACAUUUACAAAGAUACAGUGAUACCUGCAUGAAUAACUCGGACACCAACGGGCCAUUCGCUAGUGUCUGCUUCAUAGCGGUGUCCGGUAAAUAAAGGUUUGAAAGAAAAUUUGAGAACUUACCAACGCUUGCAGGGGGUUCAUUAAGGGCCGGGCACCGGGCAAAUUGACCGGCUGUGAACACGACUUUGCCCGGCUGCUUUACAUCUCAAAGAACUUCUUUUUAAUACAGGGAACGAUCAAAAACAGUUUUAAGUUACAAUCGUGCCCAUUUCUUGAUGAGUCUUAUCGAGUGUAAAACAUACUUUGCGGUGUAAUUUCCACUUUAUUACACGCGGCAUGAAAUCCCCUCGUUCUUUGUGUGUUAAAAACAAGAAUCGCCCCAUAAUACAUUGCGAAAAGAACUGUGCUUCAUAAACGACCACCUGAAAUGUAGCAGUGUUGCGAGCAUGUGAGCAUGGCGGCCCAGAAAAGAACGCGUUCGAUAGCGUAUUAUUUUUCGGCUUCAACCAAAGAGCCUCCAGUAGAGAAAAGACCAAGAGAUGAGUAGACUUCUUUGUGAUUUAACCUUUUACUUGCCUGUAUAUAUUGAAUGGCUUAAUCAUCAUGUUCAACGAAGCGAAGCGUGAUUUUUAUUCGUCUUAUGGUUUACGCCAAUGAAUUAAUUUUCGGUGCGUUCACGUUAAAACAGUGCUCCUCCCGUCUAGUCAUUGAAAUUUUAAAGAUAAGUUGAUUACGGCUCAGAUGCUGACGGUGAGUUUGAGUAAAGAUUAUUAUGAGCAGAGCUAUUAAAAGAGAACCAAAAAGUCCAAUUUGUGUGGUGGGUAUUGGUAUCAAAUCAUGAUUAAAUUGUCUAGAAAAGUUAUCUUUUUUUGGUUGUUGAAAGUCAUUGUCUGCAGCUUCAAAAUGCAGGAAAACACAUCCUUACGACUAUAGAAUUUCAAAAUUUUCCGGGGGAGCAUCCCCCCAGACCCCCCUAGAGGGCAAGGCCCUCCGGGCCUUGCCAAUUCUUUGCCCGGGAGUCAAACUCAGUUGCCCUCCUGUUCAAAACCUUAAUGAACCCCCUGCGCUUGUUUCAAUGUUACACAGGGAACCCACUAAACAUGCGGUCCCUGUGAUAAUAAGUUUCGCUACUUUUCAUUUUUAAUGGUAACAUAACCCAAAAGAAAUAUAACAGAAACACCUACACUUUCAAAUUUUCUGGUAAAUUCAGCGGUGAGUUCAUCUUCUGUCAUUCCGCGAGGAACCAGCGAGCUGAGAGAAGAGGACGGGUUUGUGUUAAGAUACUUGUCUAAUUUUUCUCUGGGGAGAUAAUCUUGCCUUGCUUUCACCUAUAUUGGAGAAAUAAGAGAAAGGAAAUCAGGUUUCAUCUCAUUUUCAACAUAGCAGUUCCUUAUUUUAUCAGUGUAUAUUAGAAAUGUAAAAACGGGAUAAUACGAAUUUUCAAUUGUGGCCAAACAUGAUCGGGACAAGGUUAUAAUAUGCUGAUGAAUAAUUAAACCUUAAAAGCUUGUGAGUUGCUGUCUAAGUGAAAUGACAGUGUUGCAGUGAAUCAGUCUACCUUUGUUCGCUAAAGAUGGGCAAUGCGUCCUUGAUAGUUUUAGUCCAACGACAAUUUGUUUGUCCAACCAAUAUGUUAUCUUAGCCGAAAAUGGCCUUCAAGAAAGAAACAUAAUUUGCGGCACUACAGAGAAUUAGAGGAGCUAUACUGUUGUGUAAAUCUCAUUAUAAUCAAUUGGAGGGAAUCAAGCAUUUUAUUACCCUGAACAGCACAAUUCCGCUCGGUGGACCAGCGCCACACUCUGCUAACUUCGUAACAGCUGUACUUUGGAGUAUAGCUUAGAUCGUUAUUUAGAGUUGUUUCAACUACGCCAAUGAUAAUAAUGAUAAUGAUAAUGAUAAUGAUAAUGAUAAUGAUAAUGAUAAUGAUAAUGAUAAUGAUAAUGAUAAUGAUAAUGAUAAUAAUGACGAUGACGAUGACGGUAAUGAUGAUGACGAUGAUGAUGAUGGUGAUGAUAAGCUCUAA